AUGUCAGCCUCAACAUCAGACAGAGGCAAUCGUUGGUCGAGGACAACCUUCUUCUCCGUCCCCAGCCUAAGGAGUAUCUUCAACCACGGAGCCAAGUCACAGCGAGGCAGUACUGCUCCAGAAAUGUCUUCGACUUUCAAUCAGCAGCAUACUAAUAGCAGCACGCUGUGCGACAGCACAACACCCACAAAAAGUACCGGCACCACCACCACCGCCACUUCUUCUCGCAACCACCACAAUCAAACCAUCGCAAACAGCCCCUACGUACAAGCAGCCAGCACAUACCCCACAUCCAAAUCCACACCAACACUCGAAACCAACCAGAAAUACAUCCAAGCAUGCCAGGCGAUCAUCGAAGCUCAAGCGGCAAUAUUCGAGUUAACAAAACAGCGUAAACUGGUGGCGGAAGAGCGUGCCGCAAGUAAAGAGGUCAUGGCGGAACUUGACCAGCGAGAGAGAUUGGAGAGGAAGAUGAAUGGGUGGUGGAGAAGGAUUGAGGAAGAGGGAUCCGAGGGUGUGAAUGAAGAGGGCAGGGGGAAAGAAGGGGAAGAGGAGAGUGGUGUGGGUGACGAGUAUGAUGCAGGAUCUUGGUGCGAGAGUAAUGUGGGGUUGAACUAUGAUGAUUCGUCCUCGGAUGAGGAUGAAGAUUUAUUAUUUGGGAGCAAUCAUAGUAGGAUCCGAUCUGGAUGGCGAAAUUGA